AUGUCUUCUUUAUCCUCUCAACCCCAAGAACUGGGUUCACGUCCGCAAUUAGAUACCUGUACCCUCAACAGCUUCCUGCAGCACUAUGGACUAGGUUCUGUUUAUGGCGAUGCAAUCCGUACUGGUGGCUGCAAUACAGAUGCCGAAUUUCGUAAUCUCUGCAACUACUCAAUGGAAGGGAUCACUGGAUUUGUUGACCUUCUCCAACUCAGCCCUUUUCAAAUCACUACCCUUAAAGAAAAAAUACGUGAAUUCAAGGGGCAUGUUAAUGUUGAUGAUAUAAAACCCUUACAACAAGAAAGUAAACGCUUAUCAGAUGAGUUGAAUGAAAUCAAGUCAAAGAAAAUGAAAUUCAAUGUCAGUGAAGCCAAAGACAUUUUGACCAAAUACAAAGUAGCCCCGACUAAUGCAAUCAGAAAGGAAGGAUUUUCACUUGGUGCACUCACCUUUGAAGAAAGGGUCACACUGCUCUCAGAACUUGGCAAAGAGCCUCUAGAAAAUAAUCAAUUUAAAAGUUUAUCAGAUGUCAUUCGCAUUAUAUCAGAUAAAGAAAUUAAUGAGGUGAGCAGGUCUUCCAGUAGUUCCCACGACAUACCUCUAGAGAGUGAUGAUUGUACUCCCAAUCAGUGGAUUUCUUUUCAGAAUCAUCGCUUCCCUGUAAUUGGUGAAGCUACACUUUUUGUAAGGAAGUCUUACCGAGAUCUCUAUAAAAUAAUCUCUGGACACUAUGGUUCCAAAUAUGAUAUUCGCAUCCUUCUCUCUGGAACAUCUGGGAUGGGAAAAUCAACCUUCCUUUUGUAUUUUCUCAUUCGUUUCCUAAAUGAAUUCAAUAAUAGAAUUGUUGUUUUUCAUCCUCAAACCAAGAACCAGUUCCCGUACUAUGCAUUUACAAAAAAUUUUGUCCGUGGGAUAACUGCUAUGGAAAUUUUUGACUUUCUUGAUCUCAAAGAAACUGUGUACUUGGCAGAUGGCCGACAUGAUGCCAAUAUUGUUCAAGCAUUUUCCAUUACUGCUCUCUCACCAAGGAGUCUAACCACCACAGCUGAAAAAACAUUUCAAAUUUAUGAAAAAAGUUGUACCCACAUAUUUUAUAUGCCACCAUGGAGCUUGGAGGAGCUGGAAACCCUCCGGGCAAAGAUCUUUGCUUACAUAAAGCCUGAAUUCUUGCUAGAAUUUUUUGCACAUGUAGGUGGUGUACCAAGAUAUGCCUUGCAGAUGCCUGGAUAUGUUCUAAGAGAUGAUGAGAAUAAUUUAAUGGAUGCCUUGCAACAACAGUGUCUACGUCGAGUCACUCAAGCUCUUACAGAGCUCAAUACUCCAGAGAAGGCUGUGACUUAUAUUCGCAGUGUUAACAACACUGUGCAGUACAGCAACCUUCUUGUCCAUGUGAAGCCUAAGGAUGACCGAUACACUGACAUUUAUCCUCAGUGGGCUUCUCCCUAUGUUGAACAGGAAAUUCUACAAUUGAUAGAUGAUAAUUAUCUGAUGGAAGUGUUGGAUGGGAUUCAAAAAGGAGAGGAAGGUGCAGCAAAAGGAUUCAAAUUUGAGUCAGUUAUGAUCUGUGCAUUCCAGAUUGGUGGCAUAAAGUUUGAGUGUAAGGAACUACUUGAGGGUGGAAGAAUUGGAAACACUUAUACCAUACUCAUGCCAAAGAAACCCAAAGUUAAACGCAUCCGAGUCCCUAACAAUAUUUCUGAUCAAUCUAUCAAUAUUGAGGAUAAUGAUUUGCUCCUACCAACCAAGUGUAACUUUCCUGCAAUUGAUGCCCUUCUUGCACCACAUGUCCUGUUCCAAUUUACUGUGAGCAAAGCACAUCCCAUCCUACAACAUCCACUGGUGGAUAUUGUAUCUAAUUUGCACCCUCCUAAUCACAUUAUCCCCCUUGUAUUUGUGGUGCCUAGUGAAAUUUACAACAAUUUCAAAUAUCAAAAUUAUAAGGUACCCAAAACGAAUCUGGCUCAUGAUUUAGACUCUCUUAAGGAUGCUGAAAGGACACCCCAGGAGUUGGAUAAUGUCCAGCAAAUGGCCAUGAAAGUGGAUCUUACACAAAUGAUGCAAGAUCUAGCAAUAAUAAAGAGUGAAUCAUCUAUAGCAAAUGAUGGGACUAUGACUUUUGAUAAGUUGUUUUCACCAGAGAUAACUGUGGAUGAUGGUGGUGAACAGGCUGUUCAUAUGAUGGAUGUGACACCACAAAGUGCACCAUCCUCAACUCCUGUGAUAUCUAGACCACUACUACCAGAAGAUGAUUUUUCCCAAUUGACAAACAAACAACUAAAGGAACUAUGUAAAUUGGCAGGUAUUUCAUAUAGAGGAAAAGAUACAAAACAAGUUCUUAUAAAAAAGUUGAAUAACCAGAAAGCCAGCUAA